CUGCUUCAAUAGAGCUGCAAUGAUUGGUUAGUAAGAUGUGAUACUCCAUUCGAAACGUCUGUCAAUCUAAAUUACAUCAAGUAAACUCAAAAGUUUGGUUAUCAAAAAUUCCAGUCUUUAAAUAGUGACAGGUUUCUUCGCCGACUAAAAAAAAAUGAAUCGUUUAAAAUUCUAGUUCCACAUCAAGAAACAUUGUUCCAUCUACUCUAACUGAUCUUCAAACAGGUUUUUACUCAAUUUGAUUAAUAGAGUUAUACUCUUACUUUUUCAAUAACUCAUAGCAUUAUUUUAAAAUAUUGGAAUGUUUUUAAUCAAAAUUAGCUAAAAUUCAUGUUAAAACAUGCAAAGUAAUAGUUUGUCAACAGAUAGACAAAAAGAAAAGCAAAAUCUUAUAAAUUCAAUUUGGGAUUCUUUAUUUGGCGGAGAUGUUAAAAAACAACCAUGUAAUAAGAUGGAUAUUAAUUCAAAUAGAAGGCUGUAUAUGAUUGGGUUGGAAGAUUUCUCUACAAACUCUGAUAAAAAUAGAGUUGGUGAAUUAGUAAACAUAAGGAAAACUGGCGAAGAAAAUGUAAAUAGGAAACAGACAAUUCGAAAUAGCAAGAAGUCACCAGAUUCAAAUAGGAAGUCUUUAGGGUACUCUGAGAGACCUCCCAGCAGUAAGGAUGCUGAACACAAUAAACAAAAAUUAUUGAGGAACGAAAAAAUUAAUUUGAAAAAAGGUGAUAAAAAUGUAAAACAAGUUGAUGAUAUUAUUUUAAAAAACGACAAAGAUAGAGGAAAAGGAACUUUAAAGAAAGAGAAGAUGAAAAAGGAUGCAAGACAAGAUGGGAAGAAAAAUACUAAUGAUUUGCCUAAAAGAAAACUCGAACAACAGUCGAAAGUUUCUUUUAAUUUAAAUCACUUACCUGAAGAUUCCAAGCAAAGAUCGGAAAUAAUCGCUCAUGUUAUUGAACGAGUGGAUAGUUUGAAAAAGAGAAUGCAAGACGAAAAAUCAAAGCUGGAUAAUUCUAGUGAAGAACAUAAUCCUAGACGUAGGAGUUCUAGUGUUGGCAAAACUAGUGAAUCUCCAAGUGGUAGUGUAAAAACAAUCUACUGGCCAAAAUGUGAGAAUAGACCAAUAAUUGAUAAUCAUGAUGUUUGUAAUUUUAACAAUGUAAAAGACAGUUACUUUAAUUCUAAACGAUUGACACUAGAAAAGUUGUCGAAUAAUCUUGAAAAACAACCUAAACACCUAAAUGAAAAACCUACAAAUAUUGGUGGUGGUAGUAACAAUCCUGAGAGAACUACCAUUGAGAACAGAGAAAUAUUGGAAUCGAAAAGUAUACAAACUGAACGAUUUAAACAGGAGAAUGUUGAAGAGUUGAAAGUAGUAUCAAAUAAUAAUAGGGUUUGUCCAGAUCGUGAAAUUAAAAUUAUAAAAGAGCUUCCUCAAGAUGAUUUAAAACAAAAAAGUAUUUUAAAAAUAAAAUUGCAUUCAGCAAGUGAUACAUCUAUCAGCUCAUCUAAACUUAAAAACAAUAGAUUUGAAGAAGGCGAUCUAGCAGGAUUAUCUUCUAAUAAACUGUUGAAAAUAAUGGAUGAGAUUAAAUUUGAUGAUAAUAAUAAGAAAGAUGAAGAUGCAAAGGGGCAAAAUGAUUUAUUGGACAUUCCUACAAGAAAUGAUGAGUUGAAUAGACUUGACUUUGGUGUUUUCAACGUUGAAAUAAGAAAUGACGAUAUAAGUACUCUGUUCAUUAUGGAAAGUAAUGUUGGUGAUGACAAUACUAGAGUGGGAAGGAAAGAAGCGUCGAAUCAUUUCUUGGCAAGAGAUGGAUCGGGCGAAAGAGGUCAUAUGAAGAAUUCUUGUGAGGUAGAAACUCCCAAAAGUGACAACCUUCAAGAAGCCAAACAUGAUACUUCAACAGAAUUGCAACCAAAUAAUACUGUUGUUGCAAAGAAUGAUUCGGAAAAUACAAAAUCAAAUUUGAUACAAAGUUUUAUGGAAUUCCAAGAAUCGGACAUGAAUACUCCACCUUCUUCACACGUCGAAGAGAUCAAUAACGAUUAUGAACUAAAAUCUUCUGAUGAAAACGACGAUAAUUUACCAACCAGAGAAAAUAAACUAGAACUGAAAAAUUCUACAGAUUUGGUACCAGCACUACCUCAUAGUGAAGGUGAACCAAUAAUUAUCGAGAGUUCAGUAGGUGAUAUUUUCAAACUGAAAAACUACAUACCUGCAUCGCAAAGAAAAAUCGAAUUGAAAGCCUACUAUAUUCCGAGAUUGGUUAGUAUUUCAUUCUGCAUGCAAGUGGCAAGCUGUUACAAAAUAGUUGUUCAAUUCGAUAAAUCUUUAACUUGUGAAACUUUUCCAAACCAGGGGAACAACGUGUUGUUUCCUGAACGUAAAAAAAUGGUUCAAUUUGUAGAAUUUCCUGAAUUUGACAUUUUCCAUAGUGACUCAAAUUUGAGCGAAACUAGUGAGCUAAUUCUAGAUUUACUUGAUGAGGAGGAGGAGGAGGUGGUUGAGAGUGUGAUCGAUAAUUUUAAACAAGAUAAGAAAAUUGUCAAAGAUAUUGAGACAAAAUCUGGAAAAUGUUCGAGUGAAGUUCAGUUUUAUAACAUUGAAAAUGAUAAAAUUGAACCAUUGAAUGCUCCAGUGACAACGAUUUCUAACCCGGUUUAUGUUGUGAUAAUGAACUCAAACGAGAGAGCUUCAUCUUCAUUAGGUAGAGCUGAAAUUUGCAAAAUAGAGAGUCCUCGAUUCUCAGAAUUUAUCUUCAACGAGAUAAGUGGAGUCAACAAGAAAUUGGUUGUUGGGAGUGAAGAGCGUCCUAAAUCAGCGAAAAGUGGCAAAAAAAUUGACACUGGAAUAGAAAAGAAUUCAGUUUGUAGUGAUAAAUUAAAAAAAAGUUCAAUCCUUCCUCAAUCUAAAGACAGAAUUAAGUCGCGUGCCUCAUCGGUCUGUUUGCCUUCUGGACUGAACAAGUCCCACACUAAAAAAUAUCAUUCCAGUUUACCCAGAGUCAGACUCAGUCAAUCGAAUGUGGUCAUCAACAGACCCAAAAAGAAAAAUCAAGUGACUACUGUUAGUAAUCAGGACAGUGACGUGAAAAACAAAGUAACAAACGUGAAGAAUGAAACUAGCUCUGUUGAACCACCAGAAUAUUUGAACUCCCAGCUCAUAUCAAUCAGAGAUGAAAUAAGAGAAUUGAAAACCCUGUUUGCUAAGAGAUAAUAUACACAAAACACUAAUUGAAAACUCUGUGGUAAAUUUUAUCCUUAUGAUUCAGAUAUCUCUAUCAUGAACUGAUUCUGAAAACAAUAAUCUUUCAGACAGACUGGGGUUCAUAAAGUUGAGUUUAGAUACCAACGAGAAUUGUACUCUUAUUUGCACUUACACAUUUCCCAAGCUUUGGAAAAUUACAGAUGAAAACUAAUGAGAAAUCGAAUUUGUUCAAAUGCUAAUAAAUAAUUAUUCUUUGGAAAA